GUGAAGGCUUUUAUUAAUGUACGUCAAGUACCGAGUAAUUGGGGGAAAACCCCGAUGCUGUUUACUCCAGGUCUGUUGAGCAAGUAUUAGGACCCUCCUCCCCUUCCCAAGUAUUAGGACCCCUCCUCCCUCCCCUUACCAAGUAUUAGGAUCCCGAGUUCCGGAAUAAAGACGAAAAAACCAGAGCGUUCAAGUCGAGUAACCUCGUACACGAUUGAACUCGGACGUACUUUAGUUUUUAUCUAUUUUGGAUACCUCGUCUUUGCCCCUUUCUAGACCAGUCUUGGACCUAUGAUCCUUCCUUCCUAUUUGCCGAUAGGAAUUUUUUCAAGUCUUUUAAUCACCCAAUUUUGAAGACACUAUUUAGCAUCUCCCUUCUAUUUUGUAUAUGGUAGUCCAGAAGGUGUCUACUAAAUAGAGAGUUUGACUGAGAUAUGUAUUUUUAUACAAAUUUAGGCUAAUUUUAAUUUCAAAAUAACAACUUCAAUUUUUUAUUUUAAUUCAAAAAUAAAAAGAAAAAUAAAAGAAUGGCUUCAGGAGCAGCCCCUUGUAGCGAACAGCGUUCUUCGACUGGGAAAACGGAAAAAACUGCCGUAGGGAGAGGCAGACGCGGAGCUGUUAUGAACCCAUUGGGGACAGGUCAUUGUGAAGUUUGUGUUGUUUGUGGUGACGCAGCCUGCAAUCAUCAUUAUUAUGGUGUCCCAGCUUGUCACGGAUGCAAAUGCUUCUUUUGGCGAUCCAUCAAAAAUAAAAUGAAAUAUAUCUGCCGAGUUGAUGGCCAUUGUGAUAUCAAUCCAAAUUAUCGAAAUGCUUGUCGUUAUUGUAGACUGCAAAGGUGUUUAAAGGCUGGAAUGCAACCAGAAGCUGUUAGAAUGCCUAAAAAGUCUUCAGAAGUGGAGGAGGAUUUGGCAAAAAUGGAGAAAGAAAUAUGCAAAGAAUCGAAAGAAUUUUCAUUCUCUCUAGACAAUGCUGGAUGUUGUCCUCUUUGCCACCAACAGCCAAAGGAAGGUCUAGCCCUUGAAGAUAAAAACGAAUUUAAUUUGUCACCAAAGAAAAAUCAAAAUAAAAUUGAAAAUUAUUUGGAAACACAAAAACAUCACGUGGAUAGUAACGAAGAGAAAUGCCAAUUUUUAAUUAAAAAAUUAAUUGAGGCAGAAAUGACAAUAAACGAAGUUGUUGAUUUUAGCGAGAAUGAAGCCCCUAAAAGGGAAAUUCAUUUGGAGAGUAUUUUUGAAUAUCCUCAAAUUUUGGAUAGAUAUAGAACACAGGUUAAUUAUUGUGUUAGACUUCGACGCGUGACCGAAGAAGAAAUGGAAUUUUGCAAGUACCGUUCACUAACAAAAGUUGUCGAUUACAUCAAUUAUUUGUCUUUAAUUAAUUUAAACGAAAUUAUGGAGAAAACAACUUUUAAAAGUCAAAAUUCAUUUUUAAGUGAAUCCUUGUCUGUUCAGGAUAAGAUUGUUUUGCUUCGUUAUGGUUUUGCUCCACUAGUUCUGUUUGAUAUUGCUUUUGGGACUGUAUCAGUUACUAAGGAUACUCAAAAUUUGCUUUGCUUGCCAACGGGGAUUACUCUGUGUGCUGGGGAGACGAUCGUUCCCAACAGUUUUCUAACACAACAAAUUGUCAGUAAAUGUAUAAGUUCAUUAGUUCGAUUACUUGAUGAAUUAAAAAUGGACCAAGAAGAGUUUAUCUUAAUGAAAUUAAUAAUUGUUUUGGGAAUGGAUUCAGCUAGUGGAGAAGAUAAUAAUGAAGGAGGAGGGGGAGGGGGAAGUACUUCAACAACAACAACAACUUCUUCCCUUCUUUCCCCAAAAAUUAAUCAAAAAGAUGUUAAUAACCCUCCUCAACUACUUUCAAGUAAAGGAAGACUUUUUGUGGAAAAAUUGAGAGAUUCUGCACAUUCAGCACUUUAUAGUCAUACACCACAAAAAUCAGCUUCUUUAAUUUCUCGUGACUUGAUAGAAAACAUUCGGAUGGUACACACAUUUCCAAGUACACGUUCACGGCCUACAGACCCGUUAUUUUUUGAUUUAUUUGGGGAUAUAUUUCAACCAAACAAAAAACAAAAUAAUUUAAAUUCCCCCCAACAAUUUACUAUUCAAAACACUCAACAAAUUAAUAAUUAUUUUGGGGAGGGAAAUAAUGUUGUCCAAAAACAACAACAAAAUAAUUUAAGUGAUUAUGGGGAACAACAAUUUCAAAAUGAUCUCAUCUCUACUAGAAUAAAACGGGAUUUUAUGUGGUGGCAAAAUGAAAAUUUUUAG